UCACAAAGUCAAGAACCAAACAGAACAACAAUGGUCGUUAAUAUCUUUCAACUGUUUUCUUCUUCUCUCUUCUCACUUCUUUGCUUUUGAUUAGAUUUGGUCUAUGGCUCCUGGACGAUCUCAAUUACAGAAGGGUUGGGCUACAACACUAUGUUGUUCUGCUUCUUCAUCGUGCUUACAGCUUUACUGGGCUCGUUUUCUCCUACGCAAAUGGUUUAAUAUCUCAGCUACUGAAUCAGAUCAUACCCUUGAUACUGGUACUGAUGAUGAUGAAGAUGAAGAUGAUGAUAGUGUUGCUGAUUCUGACUUUCAAGGGAUUGAAGAAGAAGCUCAUGUUGAUGAUGAUGAUGCUGAACCAAGGUUGAGAAGAAGGAACUCUGAAACGUUUAGAGGGCAGUAUAUGGAUACUAAAGCAAUCAGAAUCUGUGUUGGAACUUGGAAUGUUGGAGGAAAAGUUCCACCUGCUGACUUAGAUAUUGAUGGUUGGGUUGACACCAUUGAGCCUGCAGACAUUUAUGUCCUCGGUCUUCAGGAGAUUGUUCCACUAAAUGCUGGAAACAUUUUUGGUAUUGAAGAUGACCGGCCUGCUUCUAAAUGGGAGGAUACUAUACGCGAUGCUUUGAAUAGGAUUCGACCUAAGAAGGUUAAGAUUGUAAGUUAUAGUGAUCCGCCUUCUCCGUCGAAGUUUAAGCCAUUUGAAGAGGUCAUUGAUGUAGUAGAAGAGAUGGGUUUUGAGAGUAGUAGUGAUACUUGCAAUGUGAUUCAUUCGGUUAAUGAGAACUUCAGCUUCGAUGACGGUAUUGUGGAUACUAAUUAUGAUAAAAGAUCAUGCUUGCCAAGACAAGAGUAUCUACAGAGGCAAUUUUCAUCGCCAAAGACGUUAGACAGGUUGUUUUCGAUGCAGCUAGACACUGGUUCCAACCGCGCGAAAAAUUUGAGCCGAUGGUUUAGUUACUCCGAAAGAGUUGGUUUGAGCUGGCCAGAGCCUCCAUUGAGAUUGUUAAAUCAACAUGUUAGGGAAAGACGUUGUUCCUUAAAGCCUUUUAAGAAUUAUAGCUCUUUCAAAGCAACUGCCAACAAUAAUGGAGAGAAGAAGACGCCUCUUCUUUCGGAUUUAGAUCUCAAGCCUCUCAUGAAUGUGAGAAAGCCGUCGUAUGUUCGGAUCGUAAGCAAACAGAUGGUUGGAGUUUUUCUCACCAUUUGGGUUCGAAGGAGCUUACGCAAACAUAUACGAAACCUUAGUGUUUCUACUGUUGGUGUUGGUGUUAUGGGUUACAUUGGUAACAAGGGGUCUGUGUCUGUGAGUAUGUCAGUCUAUCAGACACCAUUUUGUUUUGUGUGCACACAUCUAGCAUCAGGGGAAAAAGAUGGAGAUCACAGAAAAAGAAACGCCGAUGUAAGCGAAAUUCACCGAAGAACGCAGUUUCAUCCUCAUUCUCUUGGCGCGACGAGACUUCCAAGAAGCAUCCGUGAUCAUGAAAAAAUAAUCUGGUUGGGUGAUCUGAACUAUCGGAUAAACUUAUCGUAUGCGAAGACACAUGAACUUAUUGCAAGAAAGGACUGGAAGAAGUUAGCUGAGAAGGACCAGCUUACAAGAGAAAUGAGACAAGGCCGAGUAUUCGAAGGAUGGUCGGAAGGAGCUCUAGAUUUUCCACCAACUUAUAAAUAUGAAAUCGAUUCAGAAAAAUACGGAGGGAACGAUCCUAAGUCCGGGAAACGGACACCAGCCUGGUGUGACCGCAUUAUAUGGUAUGGGAAAGGAAUGAAGCUUAUGAGUUACAGAAGAAGUGAAAUUAAACUGUCUGAUCACCGGCCGGUGACAGCUACAUUUGUCGCCGAGGUUGAAGUUUUCUCUCCUAGAAAGCUUCAGCGUACGCUCACGCUCACCAACGCAGAAAUUGAUAGCCAUGAAGCUUUUGUACAUGAUUAGCUCUAUACUAAAAUCAGAUCCAUUCAUACAUUUUAUUUUGUAAAUUUGUCUCUUCAAAAAACGUAUGUGUUCAAGAUUGAAGUUGGAAACGUUGUAUAAGUGUUAGUGUGAAAUAAACAUAAUCUUUAUGUAAUA